GUGUGAUCGCCGCUUGUGACAGUUCGUGUGAGAAAAAUUGGAAAUUAUGAAGUAAAACAUUUUCUCAAAUAUUGUGUUUAAAUGACAGCAGGAAAAGAAACGAUGGGUGAGCAGCCAAUUUUCACGUGCAAGGCGCACGUGUUCCACAUAGACCCGAAGACGAAGCGAUCGUGGAUGUCUGCCAGUUCUGCCGCCGUCUCCGUCUCGUUCUUCUACGACUCGUCCAGAAACCUGUACCGCAUCAUUAGCGUUGAAGGGACCAAGGCGGUGAUAAACAGCACGAUAACGGCGAACAUGACCUUCACGAAGACCUCUCAGAAGUUCGGGCAAUGGAGCGACGUGCGGGCCAACACUGUUUACGGACUCGGGUUCGCGUCCGAAGCAGAACUGGGCAAAUUCAUAGAAAAGUUUCAAGAAGUAAAAGAGGCGAUUCAAGCACAGCAAAUGUCAGGGAAGGCAACCAAUGGCAACAGCGGAGCCGCCACGCCCGUAGCAUCUGCCACGGCGUCGCCUCUGCUAGCAUCCCGCGCGCCCGCUGACGAACCACCGGUCGCCGCUCCCCCGGUACAGCCUAAAGUUGACAACGACGAAAUGGGUGGAUAUGCGACAGUAGGUCGGGCGCCGCGAGGGCCCCUCGCGUCCACGGCGGCGCCCGAGCGCUCCGAACUGCCCCCCGGAGAGUCCGUCGAACAACAGCUGCGAUACGAGAACGACCGCCUCAAGCUGGCGUUGGCUCAGAGCUCAGCGAACGCCAAAAAAUGGGAGGUCGAGCUGGCAACGCUGAAAAGCAACAACCUCCGCCUGACAGCGGCGCUGCAGGAGAGCACCGCCAAUGUGGACGAGUGGAAGAGACAGCUGCACCAGUACCGGGAGGAAGUGGCCCGCGCCAGACACUUUGCGGGGAAAGGCAAUGAUGCGAGCGAAGCCGAACAGCUGCGGCAGCGCGUAGCACAGCUUGAAGCUGAGCUGGCCCAGAAGAACGAGGAGCUAGCACAGUUCACCAAGUCACGGAAGAGUGAACAGGAUGCCGAAGCGAAAUUAGCCCAAAGUCAGCUGGAGCUCGCCCUCGCCGCGCAGGACGGACAGCGGCAGGUCAUCCAGGCGCUCAACGACCAGCUGGCCCGCCAGCUCGAGGAACUGUCGACGAUCCACCGCGAGAUAAACACGGCUCUGCAAACAUGAGACGCGGCCUCCAUUCAGCCGCCGCCCAUAUACGCGUCCGUUGUCAAGCCACCGGACCGGCGGCUGCCGCUGCUGCUGCGCGCGCGCGACGGCCGCGAGCGCGAACGCGAGCGCGAGGGCGAGGAGCCGAGCUACGUGACGGUGAAGACGAACAAAUGAACAGCGUUCUCGGUAUUUCGCAAGGUGCACGAAUUCUUUUAAUUUCUUCCCUAGUAUUCUUCGUUACCUUAUCGCGAGGUGGUCUCAGUGUUCGCGGUCUAAUCUGCGAUUGGGUCGAAGCUUUAGCUCCUGCGAAGGACGCCGGUACCGGUCUCAGAAAACCAUGCAGUUGCGAAGACUGUAACAUGUGCAUGAGUGUCGGAAGGGACGAUCGAAGAGCUGGUUGGUAAAUAAUGUGUUAGUACACAUCAUUUAUUGAAAAUGCUUCAGUAUUUUUCACAUACCUAUAGAAGAGCAAGUAGAAAUUAAAUGAAACAUCCUACGGUUGCUGGGCAAUGUUUGAUAAAAUGAUUCGAACUCAAAAAUAGUAGUCGAAACGUAAUUUUAGACCAGUAACAUUGAGAUCACUAAAUACAUCACUUUAGUUAAAACUUUUUGAUUUUAGAUCAUGACAUCCACGCAUCACAAAUGUCACUCGUUUUUAUCACUGCAUUAUGUUUCACAAACAAAGAAGCAUAACUUUCUUUAUUAAGAUUGUAUGGGUAGAAAUAUACGCUGUCAUUUCAUAAAAACCAAGUGCACAUGCACUAUAUUGGCAUUAACUGCUACUUUCAACAGACGUCUUAUUGUUUAAGAUGAGAGUCAGUAUGGAAAAAAUACUUCUAGGGGUCAUUUAGGCAAUGCUAGAACUCGCAACAGUUUCAAUACAAUACGACUGAAUUUCUACUAAUAAUUCGACAAUCGUAUACGAGAUUUAGCGCUGUCUAAAUGGCCCUAUAAAAUAUAAUAUAAUAAAAUGAGACUUUUACUAUUAACAGAGCAUUUCAGCUCGUCUUUUAUCAACAUGUUCUCGAAUAAAAAUGUAGUCAUUUUAUAUUUAAACUAUAAAUACGAACGAGAAAUCUAUUUCUCUGGCCUAAAACAUUUCGUAAACGAUUUACGUAGAGUUUUACCUUUCCUCUCUAAAUUAUGACAUCAUCUCUCGCACUGUAUUGCAGUGAAUUUAAUUCUCAUUGAUUUUACAGAGUCAACAGUAUAACGCCAUCUACAGAUUGAUUCACAAAAGUUGCACGAAUGGAAUGAACGACACUCUUAUUGUGUGAGUGACACCCAUUGAUAUUCAGUCGUAACUGUCGAAA